AUGCUGUUCUUUAAACUCUUCCUAGCGGCUCUGGCGCCUAUCAGCCUCGUCGCUGAAAGCGCGCCGCAAGCAGCAUCAACACCGGACUUGGAUCUUGAUGCACUUCUCGCAAAGCACAACUUAGCUUUAGUACCUCGGUCGGAUCUGACAGACGCCCUGACAGAGCUUAAUGGCUUGCUCAGAAGAAACCAGGUUCAGCAACAGAAAGUCGCACUAUAUCCGCGACAGAAGAGCAAUAGCACCGGUUCCGGCUCUGGUUCAAGCUCUGGGUCUGGUUCCGGGUCGAGCGGUGGUCUUGACCUUGGAGACCUUGGAGGACUCGGCGAUUUGGGCCAGAUUCUUGAAAGUCUGACGAAGCUCAUUACACAGUUGGGUGAUCUCGGAGGUUAUCUUUCGGCUAUCCAACAACUAUUGAGCGAUGAGUUCUUGCAAGCCCUACAUGAUGCUAUGGUGUAUCUUGCACAGACACUUCGUCCGCCCAUUCCAAAUAUCGCUAGGAAUGUCCUCACCAAGGCUGAACCGCUGAUCGACCUGCUCGGUUCCCUGGAUUUAGAGGGUAUCGUAGACGAGAUUAAGGGCAUCGACCUCAAGGGUAUACUUAAUGCGCUGCAACCCCUUCUAGCCCCCGAAUCGAUCAAGGGACUCGUCAGUCUAUUGAGUAAUGCAGAAAAGCUUUUGACUUCGGAGACUGUCGAGGCUCUACAGUCAAUACUAUCAAGUUCGCUGCUUUCCAGUGCCCAACCCCUUCUUGAUAGCCUAAAGGAUAUUGAUCUCCAAGGAUUACUCGAUGCGAUAGCCCCACUCCUAACGGCAGACUCAGUCAAGGGUAUCGUCGGUCUACUUGGCAAUGCUGAAUCCCUCCUUACCAAGGAUUUUGUUGACCAGACCAAGUCUCUGAUUUCUGGAGCUGGGCCGCUCCUUGAUAGUCUGAAGCAAAUCGACCUGCAAAGCUUGAUAGAUCAGAUCUCGCCAAUCCUUAAUGAACUCGGUCAGCUGGACUUGAAGGGCUUGUUCGAAGCUAUCAGCCCGCUGUUGACAUCAGACUCCAUCAAGGGUAUUGUAGGGUUGCUUGGCAACGCCGAGAAUUUGUUGACUGGCGAAUUCGUCGACCAGACCAAAUCUCUCAUCGCAGGAGCAGGACCUUUACUUUCGAGUCUCGGCGAUAUCGACCUGAAAGGUCUGCUCAGUCAAAUUUCGCCCUUACUCGACAGCCUGAGCAAGAUUGAUCUCCAAGGCCUGCUUUCAGCCGUCGAGCCCUUAUUGACUCCCGACUCGGUGAAGGGUAUCGUUGGGCUUUUAGGCAAUGCUGAGGACCUUUUAACCACACAAUUCGUUGACCAGACGAAGACGUUAAUAUCUGGUGCUGUGCCAUUGAUAUCCGCUGUCGGUAAACUUAACUUGGAGGGUCUUAUCGAGCAAGUGAAACCACUGCUAGAUUCCCUAAGCCAGAUUGACUUAGGUAGCCUGGUCGAGAAAAUUCAACCUAUUCUUGAUGCUGUAGGGCAGAUAGAUAUCGCGGGAUUAGUCAAACAAAUCACACCAAUUCUGAACUCCCUUGGACAAAUUGAUCUAUCCAGUCUCAUAGACAAGAUACAGCCAAUACUUGAUGCUGUAAGCCAGAUUGAUAUCGCGGGAUUAGUCAAACAAAUUACUCCAAUCCUGAACUCCCUUGGGCAGAUUGAUUUAUCCGGUCUUAUAGACAAGAUACAGCCGAUACUCGAUGCUGCGGGUCAAAUCGACUUCGCGGGUCUGAUUAAACAGAUCACGCCAAUUCUGAACUCCCUUGGGCAAAUUGAUCUUGCUGGUCUUAUUGAAAAGAUACAACCUAUCUUGAAUUCUCUAGAUCAAAUUGAUUUCGCGGGUCUGAUUAAACAGAUCACCCCGAUAUUGAACUCCUUGGGCCAGAUUGAUCUUGCUGGUCUUAUCGAAAAGAUACAACCUAUCUUAGAUUCUCUAGGUCAAAUUGAUUUCGCAGGGUUAAUCAAACAAAUAGCCCCUAUCAUUACCGAAUUGGGCAACAUUGAUAUAAAGGGAAUCUUCGACGCUUUAAUCUUCCCAGGUUCAUUAUAUCCCCCGCAUCUGGUAUUUUCCUCUUAG